AUGAACUUAAAUAUCGGUGAAGAGAGAGAAUCGGAUUCAAAACUUUUAGAUAUUUGUCGACAAGUGAUCAGACAUAGCGUUAAAACAUCGCAUCCAAACUUUUACAAUCAACUCUAUGGCGGAGCCGAACAAUACUCACUUUCUGGCGCUUUCUUAACCGAUGCGCUCAACACUUCUGCGGCUACGUUCGAGAUAUCGCCAGUAUUUUCUGUAAUUGAAAAGUAUUUAAUUAAAUAUUUGGGAGAAUUGGUUGGCUAUGAAUGCUCGCAGAUUGACGGCAUGUUCGCACCGGGAGGUUCCAGCGCUAAUACAUACGCUAUGGUGUUAUCGCGACAAAAAGCUUUCCCUCAAUCCAAACAGAAAGGUAUCCGAGAAUUGGGAGAACUAGUGAUGUUUGCCUCCGAAGACUCUCACUACUCGUUUGUGAAGUCUGCCAUUUGGUUAGGAAUGGGAACGGAAUCUGUAAUCAAAGUGAAGGCCGAUGAAAGGGGACGGAUGUGCGUCAGUGAACUCAGAAACAACAUAUUGUUUGCCAAGAGCGGGGGUAAAGUGCCGUAUAUGGUGUCGGCCACAUCCGGCACAACAGUUUUGGGCGCAUUUGAUCCGUUGCCAGAGAUCGCAGACAUUUGCCAAGAGUUUGGCCUAUGGCUGCACGUGGACGGCGCUCUGGGCGGCGCUUGGCUUAUGUCUAGACAACAUCUGCACCUAUUGUCGGGUGUGAAUCGGGCCGAUUCGGUCACAUGGGAUCUCCAUAAAAUGACAUGCGCUCCGCAACAAUGCACUGUCAUUCUGACCAAACACCCGACUAUUCUCUGUGAGACCAACUCAUUGCGCGCCGAAUAUAUCUUUCAAAGCGACAAAUUCUAUGACGCGUCCUAUGAUUCCGGCGAUAAGUCCAUACAAUGCGGCCGAAAGUCCGAUACACUUAAGCUAUGGCUUCAACUUAAGGCUUACGGNCUGGGCGGCGCUUGGCUUAUGUCUAGACAACAUCGGCACCUAUUGUCGGGCGUGAAUCGGGCCGAUUCGGUCACAUGGGAUCUCCAUAAGAUGACAUGCGCUCCGCAACAAUGCACUGUCAUUCUGACCAAACACCCGACUAUUCUCUGUGAGACCAACUCAUUGCGCGCCGAAUAUAUCUUUCAAAGCGACAAAUUCUAUGACGCGUCCUAUGAUUCCGGCGAUAAGUCCAUACAAUGCGGCCGA